AUGGAGAUGCGCUCCACACCACCACGUGAACAUUGGAGCUCAUGGGCGGAUUUUAUUAUGAGUUGUAUUGGUUAUGCUAUUGGACUCGGUAAUGUGUGGAGAUUUCCGUAUCUCUGCUAUCAAAACGGUGGUGGUGCGUUUCUUAUUCCAUACGUGAUAUCGUUAGUGUUUUGCGGUGCGCCAUUGUUUAUUCUCGAAACGUCGUGGGGUCAACUGCUUUCAAUUGGCGGCCUUGGAAUGUUCAAGAUAUGCCCGAUAUUUAAAGGCGUAGGAAUUGCUGCUGCUGUGAUGGCAUUCUGGCUUAACAUCUACUACAUCGUCGUCCUCAGUUGGGCUUUUUGCUACUUAUGGAAUUCGGUGAGACUCGACGUCAACGUGCCGUGGAGAAGCUGCGAUAACGAGUGGAACACGGCCAAAUGCCGAUCAGAAUAUGAAAAAAUACCAUGCGACAGUAACCGAACGAUAGCCGAAUUUUUCAAUGUGAAGGUUUUGACGGCAGAUCAUCUACUCGAAUAUAAAAAGCAGUUUUUUGUUGGUUCGAAGGCGAACUUCACCGUAUGCACCGUUCAAGAUCUUAGCGUUCAAUCGCCAGUUAAAGAAUUUUGGAACUACAAGGUUCUUGGAAUCUCGGAUGGUAUCGAACAUCCGGGAGGUCUUCGUUAUGAUCUCGCUUUCUAUUUGCUGGUUGCCUGGAUUAUUUGUUACUUGUGCAUUUUCAAAGGAGUCAGAUGGACCGGAAAGAUUGUCUACCUAACCGCAUCGUUUCCUUACAUUAUGCUGUUCUUCUUGCUUGUACGCGGUCUGACUCUACCAGGUGCUGCACUCGGAUUAGAAUUCUAUCUUAAGCCGAACUUUGCAAAACUGCUUGAAUCAAAGGUAUGGGUAGAUGCAGUCACACAAGUGUUUUUCUCAUACGGUUUGGGUCUUGGAGCUCUUGUCGCUUUGGGAAGUUACAAUAAAUUUCACAAUAAUGUUUACAAGCAAGCUCUGACCGUUUGCUUCGUCAAUAGCGGAACGAGUGUGUUUGCUGGUUUUGUGAUAUUCUCCUUCAUCGGAUUCAUGGCCACGCAACAGGAAAAGAGUGUAGCUGAGGUUGCUCAAGCCGGACCUGGACUACUGUUCUUAGCCUAUCCAUCAGGAAUUUUGCAAUUGCCAUAUACAAAUGUAUGGUCACUCUUAUUCUUCUCAAUGGUGCUCUUUCUAGGGAUCGAUUCACAGUUUUGCACCAUGGAGGGCUUCUUCACCGCCAUCAUUGAUGAAUUUCCUCAGAUGAUUCGCGGUCAACGCUAUGGACGUGAGAUAUUCGUCGGCAUUAUCUGUAUUAUCUCCUAUAUCAUCGGACUAAGCACUGUAACAAGAGGUGGAUUUUAUGUCUUUCAACUAUUUGAUUUCUAUGCCGCUUCUGGUUGGGCACUGCUAUGGUUGCUAUUUUUUGAAUGCAUUGCGAUCUCAUGGAGUGUCGGAAUAGACCGAUGGUAUGAACAUAUGAAAAGCAUGAUCGGCUAUCAUCCAAAUCGAUGGUGGAAGUUUUGUUGGGUUUUAGCCACACCCGCCGUUUGUAUGGGCGUGAUGAUCUUUGGUUUGGUGAAGUACCAACCACUUCGAAUCGCCGCCUAUAACUAUGACUAUCCUUUUUGGGGUCAUGUAUUUGGCUGGUUCCUCUCUCUGUCGUCGAUGCUAUGCAUUCCCGGUUAUGCCGUAUACGCCUGGUGCAUCACAUCCGGCAGCUAUUCAGAAAAGUUCAAAACACUUUUUCGCCCUGAUGUCGAGAUCGAGAAGGCGAAUCAUGAAGUUCAUGAUGACACGGAAAUGCAAGAGUUCAAUGCAUAA